AUGUGCAUCUCCUCGUAUAUCUUAAUUCUCUCCCUUCUCUCUCUUUUUUCUCAAGGUUUUCUACUCUCAGUUUCAAAGUCUCUGCAAGAGGUAGAAGAUGAAGAUAUGUUGCUAGCUGCAUUAAAUCUAGGAAAAACUCUACAAAACAGAGAUAAAAUUAUGAACAGGGGAGCUGUACCUUUGCUGAAGCACUACAAGACUGAAGACAGCAGUGUUUUCCAUGAUAAGAAUGCUGGAAACAUGAAGUUUUUGGACAGAGGUUCCAGACAGGAUUUCUUCAAACGUGUUAUGCCAAUCAACUUGGGUAGAAAGCAACUACCUUAUCCUGCACUGAAGGGAGCCAUGGCUUUUCCAGCUGACACUGAAAUUCAGAAUAUUGAGUCAAUACAGGAAAGAGAGACCACAGAUGAAGAAAAUUCAGCUAAAUUCCCUAUAGGAAGAAGAGAUUUUGACAGUAAACAUAUUUUAUUUUUACACAGAAAAUUAUUUCAUUCUGGUAAAGUACACUGUAAUGGCAAUGUAGCAAUUGGGUAA